UGUGCAGCAAAAUGAAGGUUUUAGCAUGGAGGCUGUUGUUUGUCCCGAAGCUCAAGCUUUAAGACAAGCUGAACUUCUUCGGGCGAGCUUGAAAAGUAGCGUUGAGGAUUUUAAUAUUGGAAGCUCAGGAUGGUCUUCAAGGCAGAUGUUGCAGGAUUUGUAUAAAAGUAUCUUACUGAAUGAUCUUGAGUUUGCUCUUGAUAAAAAGGUGGAACAAGAUUUAUGGAAUAGUGCCUUCAAAAGUCAAAUAGAUUUUUUACGACAACAGGCCAAAGAAAAUAAGGGCUCCAAGUCUAAUGAUAUACAAGCUGUUCUCUCAUUGUUUUUGGAAGCAGCUAGUGGAUUCUAUAUUCAGCUUCUGCAAGAAAUCUGUUUGAUCUACAGUCUAGACCUCCCAGGUCAUACAAAGUCCUCUCAUCUUGGAAUCCUACAAGGUGCUGAUAUCAGCAACUUAACCAAACGGCCCCACACACAGUCCUGCUAUUAUGUCUGUCAAGAUUGUUUGGUUCAUCUAGGAGACAUUGCAAGGUAUUGUGAUGAUUCCAAUCAAGCUGAGGUGUUUUACAAACAUGCAUUGGUCCUUGUACCCUCAAAUGGUCAGCCAUAUAAUCAGCUGGCUAUUUUAGCAAGUACAAAGGGMGAUCAGCUUGGCACWGUKUACUUCUAUUGUAGAAGUAUUGCAGUUAAAAACCAAUUUCCUGCUGCGUCAACGAAUCUUCACAAGACAUUUAACAAGAUUUGUUCAAGGUAUUCAUCUCCAUCAAACAAAACUGAAUUCUUUCAAACAUUUCUCAAGUUUCAUGGUUUACUGUACCUGGACCAAGAUUUUUCCGAAGCAAGAAAUAUUAAAGAUAAAGCUGUUGAUGGUUUUCAAUUGGUUUUGCAACAAGACGCUCUUCAGCAAGAUGAUGUACUGCGAAUUUCUGCCAUCACACUGUUUACUCUAUACCACAUCAAGUGUGGCAGAGGUGUAGAUGACUUGGAGGAGUUUGACUGCAUCAGCAAGGCAGAGGAGGAGAGUUGGCAAUUAUGUCUUGAGUUUGCAGUAAAUCUGUUUGACGUUGCACUCACUCACAUCAAUGACAAUCCAGAGGACAUGAACAACACUACCUUACUGUACAUAAGUGUGUUUUGUCAYUGGAUCASAGGGAAUUCAGCCACUGCAUGGAAAGAAGACAUUGUCAAGUCUGAAUUAAUUUGGGAAAAGUUUGCAACACUUCUUAAUCAUUUUUCAUCGACUGGACACCAAAUUGAGAAGUCAGAUGUCCCCAUUCUUGAGGACAGAGAGCUACAGUGUUUUAUUCCCCUAAACAGUUUUCAAAAAAAACUUAACUUUGCCAUAAAAAAAGCCAGGGUUGACAAUGAAGAUCAUUGUCGGAGAAGUCGUCUUCUUCAGUUUGGAAACAAUUUAUCAAAUCAUUCUCCAAGGCUGCUAUCCAAGAUAGAUGAUGUUUUGACUGGAAUUGCUAAAUUCUCCCUUCAUACAGAGACCAAUUCUACUGAAAAUCAGGUCCACAGUUUCCAGGAAAGACCCCAAAAGUUUGUAAGAGGUUUUGGAGUUGAAUCUGUAGCACCACAAGGACCACAAGCCCCUACUCUUACUGCCUCAGCAUUCCUUCCACAGAAGUCUCCAUCACCUACACCGUUCACCGAGACAAGUUCUCUAUUCAAUAAUACCCAUGGUGCAAUUGGAGGUCCUGUUGAAAGACCAUCAUUCCUAGCAACACCACAGGUAGCCCAGUACUCUUUAUUUCAAUCUGGAUGGAAGGCGCCACUGACAUCUGCCUUUGGUUCYACUGGUAAGUUUURWUUUCMUUYGAUUACCUGUGGACACAGGAAGCAUUUUWUCAUUUUUGUAAAUCUAUUGUUUUCGGCAGGAUCRUCYCAGUCAUCUCCUAUAGAAAGACCACCAAARGAACUAUCACCAAUAGGGCAACCACUUGUAAACCAAGGACCGUUAUCCAUCACACCAGGAGAGUACCAACCUCCAAACAGCACCAUUCCAACAUUUCAGAGUGCCUCUAGGCCCCAGGGCUWUUCUACCCCAUCACCAGGACCACURGAUGGAUUUGGGUUGAGUGAGAACUGGGGAUCUGGUGUCUGGGGGCCAUCUAAGACCAGRAGUAGCUCAGUGGURGCAGUGCAUGCACCACCACAMCAAGUCCAGUCAAUGUGGAGUCAAGAUCUAUCUCCUGGCCAAGGCUUAUCGCCACUUCAGCAGCUUCUCCACGACCAACAGAAUCGAAAAGACCACAACGGCACGUGACUGACAUGAGGGUUUCACGUGAUAAGAACGUGAUCUAUUGAA